AUGUUUGUUGGAUAUGAAAACGCUGAGGAUACUGAAGUCUGUGAAGAUGAACUUUAUCAUGAGGAGUCAUCCAGUGAGCAGAGCAUCGAUAGUGAGGUGGAAUUCCAUCUUUACAGCCAGAUCCACUAUUCCCAAAAUCUUGGAGAAAUCAGCACGCUGGAAACAGAUGAAGAAGCUGAUGUUGCAGGAGUCACGGGUCACAGUUCAGUUCCUACUGAGAAACAGUAUGAAGACAAGAAAAUCACUGAUUUCAUUGAUCGUGGUGCUCAGCUUCCAGAUGAUCCUGAGAUCAUCAUCUUGUCUGAUACACCAGAUGAAGACAGUGUUUACAAAAGCAAAGCAAAGAAGUCAACAAGCUCUUUAGCUCAAGGUAAAACACGUAACCAUCCGGUAUCUUCCACACCAAAUCACGCCAGUGCUGCUGGAUGUAAUACCCUGUGUCCUGCUGGAUCAGGCACAGACAUUUCAAGGCAAAGGAAAAGCACUAGUUGGAAGCUUAACCCAGUUGGUUCUGCUGGAGCUCAUGCCAUCCAAGACGUGUUGGUAAUAGAUGAUAGCUCAGAGGAGGAGAGCUUGAUAUCUGACAGUGAUAAUGUCGAGAGUUGGAUGCUUUUGGGAGCCGGUGCAGAUGACAGGGAUGAAGAUAUAAUGUUGAACCUUGAGGGCUGUGAAGCUGUUGCCUUUCUACGUAUUUACAGCUUUGCAGAAAGCCCUAACCUUUUGCGUUUUCUUCCGACUGUGAACAAGUUCGUGAUGGCCCGUUUGACGCUGCGGUACGUGCUGGGCAGAGCAGCGGCCCGACACAGGCAUGGACCUGAGGUGCAGAGGGUUGACUUCUGGAGUUUGGUAAAAUACGAGUAUUUUUAA